CGCAAUACUGACGCACGGAUGUUGUGGAGCUCAUGUACAAGAAGAAAUGCAUAUUUUUUUGUUGCGUGACUGUGUUUUUAAAUGCUAAUUACAUCAAUGAACACAUUAAUGCAACAUAUAUCUAUUAUGGCACAAUGGGCGGUGUUGAGGCAUUGCGCGGAUUGACCAGGACACAUUCAAGCAGCUGAAGAGCUAGUCGUGUCCCCGGUAUCUUUGUGGCCAAAGGGCAAAGUCACUGUUCAGCAUUGGUAAACUAUAACCAUUUUGCACCCAACAAUGAAGAUGUGGCCUGCAAGAACUUUAAAGCCAUUAUUGUGGAAAGUAAAAGGCGCGUAUUGUUUAUCAACUGUCUCCCUCACCCCGCCACCAACAAGCACAUUAGCCUACAGAUGUAAUGCAUCCUGUGCAGGAAUAAGAAAGUCAUGGACAAAACCCACUGGAUUCGACACCGGCUUGACGACCUACAACAGUCUAACCAAACAGAAAGAGCCACUUAUCCUGGCACAGGAAGGAAUUGCUACUUGGUAUAGUUGUGGACCCACAGUCUAUGAUCACGCACAUCUGGGUCAUGCAUGCUCGUAUGUAAGAUUUGACAUAUUGCAGAGGAUCCUAUCCAAGGUCUUUGGAAUCACUGUCAUCCAUGCAAUGGUCAUCACUGACAUUGAUGAUAAAAUCAUAAGAAGGAGUUUGGAGGAGAACAUAUCCCCAACGGUCCUGGCCAGAAUAUAUGAGGAGGACUUUAAAAAUGACAUGUUAGCUUUGAAGGUGACCCCUCCUGCAGUGUACUUGAGGGUGACUGAAAAUGUACCUCAGAUUGUGGCUUACAUUGAACAAAUCAUCCAAAAUGGACAUGCAUAUUCCACAAAACAGGGUAAUGUGUAUUUUGACAUCCAGUCCAUCAGAGAUCGCUAUGGCAAGCUUACCGGUUCUGGAGAUGCUACUACAGAGCCUGGAGAAUCAGAGAAACGUGACGCUCGGGACUUUGCGCUGUGGAAGAGCUCUAAGCCUCAGGAACCGUUCUGGACGUCUCCCUGGGGCAACGGAAGACCAGGCUGGCAUAUCGAAUGCUCCACUGUUGCCAGCUCUGUGUUCGGGAAUCAGCUGGAUAUCCACUCUGGGGGCAUUGACCUGGCGUUCCCUCACCACGAGAAUGAGAUUGCUCAGUGUGAGGCCUACCACCAGUGUGACCAGUGGGGGAAUUACUUCCUACAUUCAGGACAUUUACAUUUGAAAGGCAGCACGGAGAAAAUGUCCAAGUCCCUAAAGAACUACAUCACUAUUAAGGAUUUCCUGCAAUUCUACUCUGCAAAUGAGUUCCGUAUGUUCUGUCUGCUGACUAAAUACAGAUCAGCUAUCGACUACAGCGAUGCCAGCAUGAUUGAAGCCAGAAGUUCCCUGGCAACCAUCGCCACUUUUACCCACGAUGCCCAGGCCUACAUGAGGGGGCAGCUGCAGUGCCAAGCCGUACAAGAGGGAUCACUAUAUGAAAGGCUAGAGGAAACCAAAGCAAGUGUUCGGAAGGCAUUGGCUGAUGACUUUGAUACACCGAGAGCUAUUGGUGCCAUUAUGAACCUGGUGUACCAUGGCAACCGGCACUUGCAACCCAUCACUAAGCCUGUUGGUUCACCGAGGAGUCCAGCGGUGUUUGGGGCAAUGCUGUCCUACAUCAGGGAAGUCUUCGAGGUGCUGGGGGUUGACCUGCUGAAUAGAAAGGAGAGCCAAAUUGAAGACUCUUCCGGAACCCUCCAGAAUGUAGUGGAGCAGCUGGCUCGUUUCCGUAGUGAGGUCAGGGCCUUUGCCCUGGCUCCCGUGGAAUCAGCCCCUGGAGAACCGGUCCCAGCCAGGCCGAGACCGCGCCCAGACAGACUGCCUCUCCUUCAAGCCUGUGAUGUGCUGCGAAAAGACCUUGCACCCUUAGGGGUGCUCAUAAAGGACAGAGGGACCAACUCCACAUGGGAGAUAACUCAAACGAGAUCUGCCGAUCAAGACAAGUAGCAUUUCCGGCCCGACGUGCUUCAGCUGGAGGGACCUGGCCCACAUCAGGACGGCUGAGGAACGGCCCUAGAGAUCCGUGUUGUCAUGCAGACCGUGUCAUAUGCUCGCCAGACUCCAUGGGUGGUGAUGUCUGAAGGCCCGGAAUCAUCCAGAGUUAGUCCUUGUGCGCCUCUGCUGGUGUGCCCCUGCAGGUGUGCGAUUAGUCCACUAGGUGGUAGUCUACUGUCAACUGUUGGACGGGGGGCCGGCUUUGACUGAACCCUUUGGAGUGAGGUUAAUGUAGGUGCACUUUGACACAAGGUACUCUUGAGUUCUAAUUCCAUUGGAAUGUCAUUGGGAAGGACCUCUACAAUAGUUUGCCAACAGUUUUAGAACUGAGGACGUGGACUGAAAUGAACCUCUGAAGUGGCUUGGUUGUUGCACAGCCAAAACAAUUGUGGAAUUAUAUUUUGCAUUUAUAGGAGGUUAUCAUUGCCACUAAAAUAUCUAUCCAAUUUG